GAAUAGCGGCAGCAAAAGGACCCAUUUCAUAAAAACUUAUUAUAGUUUUUAGACUCUGUGGUACUUUACAAAAAUUGUUUGAUGCCGGCGAGUCGAGCGAAAAUUGUAGAUUCAAAGGGAUCAGAGACACAUAAUAGUACGUGCAAUGAAAGCAAGAAAUAUCAUUUCUGAAAGUUAGCUUUAUAGCUAGCUUUCCCUAUUCAGACAGCCGUACAGGAAUUAACAAAUUUUUCUUCCGUAUAAGAUGUUGGCCAAACGCAUGUUGAACUUGUGUUGGUAGCUAACUCGCGUCUUUUAUGUGCUGCUGUCCUGUUGAAUUUUAUUCAUAAUACCAAAAGCAUUUAAACUGGUAUGUCAUACCGAGGAGUUUGAAUGUUUCUUAAAGUUAACUCUAGUUAAACAUCCAAUUUGGACAAAGAAAUACGCUGAAAUUUAGUGGGUUAACAGUUCAUCAGCCAACAUGAACAUUUUAUACAAGCCGGCAUCUUAACUCGACUUGAUUAAACACCACCUUGAAGGCUUGUUGAAAACCUGUUCGAGCCUGUUGGAGCAAAAGAGUGCAGAGCGCUGUGAAGGUGUCACCGUGAAAAUCAUGUCCGAGGACACCAACGUGGACAGGUUCAUUAAGGAGACGUCUAUUUUGGAAGAGUAUAACAUCAACUGGACACAGAAACUUGGAGCUGGAAUCAGUGGUCCUGUGAGGUUAUGUGUGAAGAAGUCAACACAAGAACGAUUUGCUCUUAAGAUCUUGAUUGACAGACCGAAAGCUCGCAAUGAGGUGAGACUUCAUAUGAUGUGUGCCUCUCACCCACACAUUGUUAAAAUAAUGGAGGUGUACGCAAACAGUGUACAGUUUCCACAUGAAUCCAGUCCAAGGGCAAGGCUAUUGAUUGUCAUGGAGAUGAUGGAAGGUGGCGAGCUGUUCCACAGAAUCAGCCAGCACAAGCACUUUACAGAGAAGAUGGCCAGUCAGGUCACAAAACAGAUAAGUCUUGCUUUGCAACACUGUCAUUCAUUAAAUAUUGCACACCGUGACCUGAAACCGGAGAACCUGCUCUUCAAGGAUAAUUCACUGGAUGCCCCUGUAAAACUUUGUGAUUUUGGUUUUGCCAAAAUCGACCAAGGUGAUUUACUGACGCCACAAUUCACGCCUUACUAUGUAGCACCCCAGGUGCUGGAGGCACAAAGACGCCACCAGAAAGAAAAGUCUGGAAUUAUACCUACCUCACCCACCCCUUAUACAUACAACAAGAGCUGUGACCUGUGGUCCUUGGGGGUGAUCAUCUAUGUAAUGCUGUGUGGAUAUCCUCCAUUUUACUCCAAGCACCAUAGCCGCACCAUCCCAAAAGACAUGCGCAAAAAAAUCAUGACUGGCAGCUUUGAAUUCCCUGAGGAGGAGUGGAGUCAAAUAUCUGAAAUGGCCAAGGACAUUGUCCGCAAGCUACUUAAAGUCAAGCCAGAGGAGAGGCUAACCAUAGAGGGAGUAUUAGGCCAUCCCUGGCUCAACUGUACUGAGGCACUGGACAAUGUGCUUCCCUCUGCUCAAAUGAUGAUGGACAAGGCAGUUGUGGCUGGGAUUCAACAGGCCCAUGCUGAGCAACUGGCAAAUAUGAGGAUACAGGAUCUCAACCUCAGUCUAAAGCCACUCAACUCAGUGAACAACCCCAUUUUGAGGAAGAGAAAGCUACUUGGCACCAAACCAGGUGAUGAACUUUUCUUCAAUGAUCCAGAGAAUGAGGCAGAGGACACCAACGUGGGUCUGGAAAAACUAAGGGAUGUAAUAGCACAGUGCAUCUUGCCACAAGCUGGCGACAACGAGGAUGAAAAACUGAAUGAAGUUAUGUAUGAAGCAUGGCGCUUCAAUCGGGACUGCAAGCUUCUCAGAGAUGGAUUGCAAGCGUUAAGUUGGGAUGGUAGAAAUUUUUCAGACAAAGUAGAUCGCUUAAAAUUGGCUGAAAUUGUGAAACAGGCCAUUGAAGAAAAGACCAAUUUACAAGACUCCCUAUAGCCAACACUGUGUGUUCUAUAUCCUUUUGUACUGUUUAUUAUAUUUUUUUUUAUUUUAUUUUUUUUAUUGAAGUGCAGACCAUUUUCCAUGGUCAUGCUGCAGGCUGUUGUAUAUCUGUAGGUAAAACAAAGUUGUUGUUGGUAUUUGUUUGCUUUUUAAACUACAGUAAAGAAACACUGUACAGUAUUAUGUUAAAAAUACUGUAUUUUCAUUUCUGAAAAUAUUGAAAAGUGGGAAAACCAAUCAGUUUUUACCUGCUGAAAUGGAAGGGAUUACACAAUAUGUCAAUAUAUAUUUAUGUCUAUUUUCUGUGUUAAAUCAAAUCAAAUUGAAUUGACUUGAAACAAUACAUGAAACAAUGUCGCUUAAACAAGAAAAUAUAGUUAAGACAAUGGCGGGCAUUAAAACAUUGAUGUACUGUAAUGUGCGAAGUAAGAGAUAAUCCACAGCUAUAAAUAAUUUUAAUGCACAACAUGGAUCCAAAAAACACCCAACACAACGUUUAAAUUGUUUAAAGCACACUUAGCCUUGGAUUAUCCCACUUACACCUUGGUCACUUGCCAGCAUUUAAAAGUUAAAGCUCUCAUUAAUAUUUGUAAAAUAAAUUUGAAAGAAUAAAUAUAAGGGUUGACUUUAUCUACAGGUGAUUAGAUCUAGAGUUUUGCCCACUCUAAAUCAGACACAGAGAUAAAGUAUUGCAAUAAGAUUACAUUUAUUUGAAUGAAUUAAAAAGCUGUAUGAAUAAUUUUUUUAUUUUUUUCGGAUAUCAAAAACGGGGAAUUUAAAUGCGCAAUCCAGAAUGUCCUUGUAAUAGCCCCAGAAUGUAGAAGGGUUGGCACUCUUAAGAACAUGUAAUGUUUAAUUUCUAUUCAUUGUCGUUAUCACAUUAAUGAGGGAAAAACAGCAUUACAGAAAUUACAUCUCUCUGAAAAAUGACAUUACCCUUGUAAAACUGGCAACUUAAUUAUGAGGGAAAACUAUCUAAAAUGCUUUGAUCCUGCAGACUUUGACCUUUGAGGCAUCAGUAUGGUAUCCAUUAAGGCUGCAAUUUAAGAUUGAUAUGGUGAUACGUCCUUGCAUGAUUUACUCGCAAAAUAUAAGCUUCUCAUUUCUGCCUUUUGCACCCUUUAAAAAAUUGGACCCAUUUACUUUGACUGUAAGUGCCUCACUGCAAGCUUGAUUUGAACUUUUUUUAUUUUUUUUUUAAGAAAAGGAGGGACAAGUUGAAAUUUUUAUUUUUGUGGUUAUCAAUAUUAUGCCACAAAUGUUGUUGAUUUGAUCAUAACUUGUAUUGAACCCAAAAUAUUUCUUUAAGGUGGACAGCAGAGUAGGUUCAAUAAUAUAGAACAGUGAUUCAAACUGACUGGAACGGAGCAUUAAAUUCUCAUUUCAGCCAAUCAGAAUCUAGUUUUCUGAAAGACCAUUGGAUAAAUUGAGUAGUGUAUUGUUUGGGCUAGAGAAUUGCAAGAAAAUUUAGUUAUAUUGUAAAAGCACUGCAUUUCCUAAUUUAUUAUAUAAGUUUAACAUUAUGCUACACAAGUGUAGACAUGCAUUGAAAUUAAUCAAAUUAGUUCCUUCUCAUUAAUAUCUUGGAACUAUCAGCUCCAAGCACUAGUCUGAUAGAUCUCUGUCAACCAAAAAUAAAAAUUUCUGCAUGAAGAUAUAAUAUGCAUAAGCAAAUGUAAUUAAAUGAAAGUAUAUCACAAAUGUAGUAUAAAUGUUGUCACUAAAGUUAAAUAAUAAAUUGAUCAACUAACCAAAUAUUUGUGCAUUGUUGGAGUGUCAUGCAGUUUGGAUAGCCAACAUGCCCCCCACAUGCUAAUUCUGCUUUAGUGACAUGUUGAUUCGUUAAAGAACAAAGCAAAUUCAUAAUUAUUACCUAACUUAUACAGCAAUAGAUAGUUUUACCUGCAUUCAACAUUAGUGAACAAAAAAAAAAAAAGGAUUUUCAGAACAAUUUUACAUACGUUUUGAAAAUCCAUUGAUAUACAACUUUGCACAAACUAUAAUUUGGUACACUCUAAUCUGAAUCUGGCAUGGUACAUGGAUUGGGUGGAGUAAAUUCAGCAAUGUCCCUGUGUUGAGGAAAAUUUCUGUUAUGUGACAUGUACACUGUAAGAAAUGAUUGUGUACAUAAGUAGAUUUAAUGAAAAUAAAAUUAGUUAUCUAUA